GGCUGGGGAGAGGCGGGAAGAGACACGCUUCCCACCAUGCAUCGCGGCGCCCUCCGCUGCGGGGAGGAGGCGGCCGGGAACUACAUUUCCCAGGCGGCUGUGGGACAGAGGGGGCCGUGUGUCCCCUCCCCCUCCCGUGGUCGCUCGCCGGAGUGGAUCUCUGGAGGCAGCGGGAGACGGACUGUCCCCCCCCAAAUCCUGUGUGGCUCCCUCGUCCUUCCCUCCCUGAUAGAGGCGCAUCCUGGGGACGCUGUCAUUGAUGUGAAGAGUCCAGAUCUCGGGGAGAGAAGGAGCUCUGCCACCGCUCCCCUUGGCAGCUCCGGCUGCCUCGGGUGGGGGUUUGGGGUGUGGUGGUUCAGUGGCUGCAACCCCCCUCCCCAAGCCACCUACCUGGGGGCCAUGGAGCGGGUGCAGAUGAUCAACAUCCAGCGGCUGCUGGAGGCGGCAGAGUAUCUGGAGCGAAGGGAGAGAGAGUGUGAGCAUGGCUAUGCCUCAACCUUCCCCUUGUUACCAAGCCCUGGACUGCAGGAUCCAAAGCCAAUGCGGAGGCUGAGCCGGGUGAGGAAACACAGCAGCGGGGGCAGCAGUACAAGCACGGCCAACAGGUCUACACACAACGAACUAGAGAAGAACCGACGUGCUCACCUACGCCUGUGCUUAGAACGUUUAAAGGUUCUGAUACCACUAGGACCAGACUGCACCCGGCACACAACGCUUGGGCUGCUUAACAAAGCCAAAGCACACAUCAAGAAACUUGAGGAGGCUGAGAGGAGAAGCCAACACCAGCUUGAAAACCUGGAACGAGAACAAAGAUUCUUAAAGAGAAGGCUGGAACAACUGCAGGGUCCUCAGGAGAUAGAACGAAUACGAAUGGACAGCAUUGGCUCAACCAUUUCCUCUGAUCGCUCGGAUUCAGAGCGAGAGGAGAUUGAAGUGGAUGUUGAAAGCACAGAGUUCUCCCAUGGAGAAGUGGACGAUAUCAGCACAACCAGCAUCAGUGACAUUGAUGAUCACAGCAGCUUGCAGAGUAUUGGAAGUGACGAGGGUUAUUCCAGCGCCAGCGUCAAACUCUCGUUCGCUUCCUAGAACAAAGUGAGACAACAACGCAGGGCAGAUUAUUCCACUGGAGUAAUCUGAGUUCAGACUGGGUUCUAGAUGCAGUAUCCUCUUUUAGAAAUGACACGUCAACAGCUAGACCGGAACAGACCUAUAUAUAUGUACCCCUUGGGCAAUAGGAGGCCUCCAUAGGAACCCAUGUAUGUCCAUUGGGUCAUGUUGCAAAAUCCUGGUUUCCCCUAGUGUAGUGAGACUGAACCCUGGCCCUUCUGAAGUCAGUGACAAAACUUCAGUUGGCUUCAGUGAGACCUGGAUUUGGCCCUUACAUGAUGAAUUACUUUGCUUUGACUUUGUUUAUUUGAAAGAGGAUACUGGAGAUUCAGCCCCCUCUCUCUUUCAAUUUGUCAUGAGAUCUGAGAAAUGUCCAGGUUUUCUCAUACUGCAUUCAGAUAGAACAACUUGGUUUAGACCCUUCUGGAACUUUCCUGGUCCUGAAAUGAGACUGUCCUAAUAUUUGAUCACCAUCAGGCAUUAUAGUAACAUAGCAGGAAGUCACAGCAGCUUGGCCAUGAAGACGUAUCUCACAACCUAUGAAUAAUAAUAGGUGUUCAGUUCAUGCCCAGAGAGAGAGGCAACAGUGAAGAUUGUUCAGGAGAAAUCACCAUUCAGCUCAACGUUCUAUUGGACAUAAUUUAAAGCAAGUACCUUUAUCACACUGCUAGCACUAGGGUACUAAACUGUAAUCUACCAGCACGUGGCGGGCUGCGUUGUGGAGUCCAACAGCACUGCUCCCCUGGAGAGAGAGAGAGAGAGAGAGAGAGAGAGACACACACACACACACUCGCGCUCUCUCUCUCUCUGACAGAAAGAAACCACCAUGUGGAAAGUCAUGCCCAGAUACUGAGCCACUAUGACCUUUUUUAUUUAAAGAUCUUUUGAUAAACGUUUGUAAAUGUGUUGGGAGUAAAAACACUCCAAAUGUGACACGUCUUUUUAGAUGUCUUUUAUACUGGAUUAACGCCACUGAAAAGGUAUCUGUUUUGAUGCAGCACUUGACCUGAUGAAACACAAAAAUGCUCUUUGCUGUGCACAAAACAAACAAGGUCUGUGCUGGCUUGGAAAGGUCAGGGUUGCUGGGUUUUUUGGUUUCCUUUUUUUUAGUCAUUCCCCUUGCAAACUUUGAAGGCACCUGAUCCCCUACAGUAGUCACAGUUCAAUAGUUAACAUAGUUAAGCUCAGCACUUGUCUCAUCUUAAUGUAACAUUUGGCCUGCGCACAUCCCCGUGCGUAUCCGCUAUCUCACCUGUGCAGGUGCUGUUGCUAUUGAGAGCUAUUGUAUCGAAUAUUUUAUAAUUUUCUUGGAGGUGAGAUUUCUAACCUGCACUUUGAGGGCUUUGCUUUCUUGUUUUGUCUUUUUUUUUUUUUUUUUAAUGGUGAGAAUUAUAUUUUUGUUUUCCAAGUUAAAAACCUUCUUACAGAGACCUCACCAAUGGCAUUGUUUGAAAUUUUGUAUACCUUUAAGUAAUUUAACUGCCCCCUCAUUACUAAGGAAAAAAAAUAAAAGGAAAAAAUGCUUUAUAAAAUUCGUAACUUAUUGCUGAUUUGAAUGGGUUGUUAAUUUCAGUCCUGUUUUUAUUUUAUUGUUUUUAGGUAGGGCUGGGCAAAAAAAAAAAAAAAAAAAAUGAAGACAGCCUUAUUUAGCAGUGCAGUAGAAUUGUGUUUAUAUGUUAGAAUAUGGUCCCACAUUAAAGUAGCACUUUAACACCAUUAAA